AUGACACCAAGAGCAAUUACCAUUCUAACCUUGCUCUUCUUCACUACUUCAAGAGCUCAAGAUCGACCCCUUCAUGGGCUGGAUCAAAACCCACUCAUGGCUUUACCACCAUCUGCUUAUGAAUUUUUCAACCCAAUUCAAAACCCAUGUCAAGAACAAGAAUCUAACUGUUCACCUUUGCCUCUAGCAGCUACAGUUGAAUCAAGCUUAGCAAAUGAAAGCAGAGCAGAAAAUGAGAAGCAUAGGGGUAAAUUUGGAAGUGCAAGCAUUGCUGCCAUAAUUUCUAGUUUUGUAUUUGUGGUUCUUCUCCUAGCUAUGGGUGUCUACUAUGUGGUAACACUGACCACUCGUCGAGCCAAUUUGAGUAAAAAAAGUACAGUUAUACCCUCAGCUCAAUGUACCUAA